UAUGGGAUUCGGACCGUUUGAAUUGAUCGGGUGAGUUACCGCUGGUCAUCCUUGUAGGACGCGCGCAGGCACACAAGAGAAGAAAGCGAGGAGAAAGGGUAUUCUAAGUUUCAAUGAUGGAAGAUUACGAGAUAGAAGAAAAAAAGCAAGCUGCAGCAGAUGUUCUGUUUCAAUAUUCGAAAUUUGUUAUGGUGUGUAUUGGGGAGGGAGUUCGUCCCAGUGACUUGAGGCUGCAUUUGAUGAAGGAGAUUUCAGGCAUGCCAACAUCUUUGAAGAGAGAGACAUCACAAACAACUUCUUCACCGAAUGCAAUGAGUGAGCCAUCAAGCUCUGGUACCAGAGGGGAUAGGGCAGACGGCUCGCACGCACUAUAAUUUGUUGUGUGGGAUCAUCUACUGAAUUUAUGUUUUCACUUU